GUCGCUCGUAAACUGGUGAUCAUCGAAGGAGACCUGGAGCGCACCGAGGAGAGGGCCGAGCUGGCAGAGUCUAAAUGUUCCGAGCUGGAGGAGGAGCUGAAGAAUGUCACCAACAAUCUCAAGUCUCUUGAGGCUCAGGCUGAGAAGUACUCCCAAAAAGAGGAUAAAUACGAAGAGGAGAUCAAGAUCCUGACCGAUAAACUCAAAGAGGUGAGUGGCCGGGUCGGGAUGGCCCGGGUGGGCGAGCUGCCCUCAGCUUGGCUGGGGAGAGACGAGGAUGAGCUCUAUGCCCAGAAACUGAAGUACAAAGCAAUUAGUGAGGAGCUGGACCACGCCCUGAAUGACAUGACUUCCAUGUAA